AUGGAUUUGGUAGUCGGGUGGUGCUGGAUACACCUGGAGUCUGUUGAUUGUCCAAGUGAAAGUUCUCUCGCAUUCAGAAUUUUAUGCUUCCGUCAUGGACACAUGAAACAUGUGGCUCUGUGUCUCAAUUGGCCUGACAGCCAGGCGACAGAGCAUAGACGCAUCUCUGGUUCAGUGUACGCGUCAGGGAAGCAUAUUUUUUACAGCACCAACCAAAUGCAAGCAUGAGAAGCUCAAAUUUUUU